AUGUCAAAGUAUGAUCAUCAGAUGAGACAAGGGGGGUAUACAACUCUUAGGAGGAAGUUGAUUGAAGAGAAUGUGAUUUCAAAGGAGGAAAUUCCCCUAAGGUCAGUUAUGUGGUCUAAAGGGCGUGAAAGUAAAGGAGAAUUUAAGGAUGAAGAUGUUGAAAUCAUGGCUGAUAAACUAAUGGAACAUAAGAAGCAAAUAAAAGAAGGACAAGUAAAUGUUGAACCAGGAACGGAUGCCAUGACCUUAGUUUUUGGAAAGGAAAAUGGCGGAUUUUUAAAGGGUGUCGGCACGGUAGUCACUUACAACAGAUAUUUCAAUGUUCCUCGUAGCAAAGGAUCAUCUAAGGAAGAAAUAAAAGAUUUAAAAGUUGCACUGCAUAAUGGAAAACUUAAGCUUGAGAAAAAAGAUGUUGAACUCAAGGCUUUGUCUACAAAGGUUAAUGAACAAGAUCAAACACUAAAGCUAGUUUUGGCUCAUCUUAAUGCAAAAGGAGCUGACUUUCCAAAUCUGUCUCAUACAAUUGGUAUUUCAAGUGAGAAGAUUGUACAGAGUAAUGAAACGUCUCCUGUUAGUCUAAAAAACAAUGAACCUUCAGAACUUGUAACACCAGUUAUUCCAAAACCCAACAAAAAAACUGUUCAAACGAAAUCUGCAACUGCAGCACCUGAUGCAAAAUUGAUUUCCAUGAAAUCUGCAACAGCAAAUACAAAAACCACCAACAAAACUGUUGAGUCUAAGACUACCAAUAUCAAUCAAAACAUACCAAAAGUUUCAUCAAAUAAUCCCAUUCACCAGCCAAUCAAGUGUAGUCUAUCAUAUCCGUAUAAAAGGAACAUCGUUGCCCACGGUACCAUUCACUUGUCAUCAGAAAGAGAAUUCAUUCAUGGAGUUCCUCUACAAGAUGAUUGCUAUAAAGUUUCCAUUGAUGAAGUGGUUGUAAAAACUGCAUUUCUACCCCAUCAAACUGGAGAAUUCAAAUUAGUUGAGGAUGCAUAUAAAAGUUUUGUUCCAUGGCCAAAAUACUUUGUGCACACCGAGUCAGAGGUACCAGAAAUUAUAUCACAUCAAAAAUCAACAAAAAGGAAACCAACUUACAUAUCAUCUAAUGCCCUUACGAAGAAGACAAGGAGCAAUACAAACAAAAAUAAUGCCUAG